CUGGCCAUAACACAGCUUUGAUCGUACCUUAUUACACAACGCUCCGGUACUAACUUCAGUAGUAUACAUUAGUCCACCGCAGUUUUCAGUUUAUAUCGCGGUAGUUAGUUACAAGUGAUAUUGAUUUUUGUGAUUGUUGUGAGCAAGAUAUUUCAAUUGUUUCAAGAGUGCACAUGAAAAAUGGAGCAAACGCCCAUCCAAAAAUUCUACAAAAAUACCAAUGUUUUUAUUACAGGCGGUACUGGUUUCAUGGGAAAGAUCCUUAUAGAAAGAUUACUUAGAUCUACGCAGAUCGAAACUCUCUACCUUCUUGUCAGAAAUAAGAAGGGGAAGAAUAUUCAUGUCCGAAUUGAUGAACUAUUUGAUGAUGUAAUAUUUGAUAAACUAAAGAAGGAGUGCCCAAAAUUUAGACACAAAGUAGAAGCCAUAUCUGGAGACUGCACACAAUCAGGUUUAGGAUUAAACAUUACAGACAGACAAACUUUAAUAUCUAAAGUAAACAUCGUCUUCCAUGUAGCUGCCACUGUUAAAUUCGACGAAAACCUAAAACUUGCCUAUAAUAUUAAUGUCAAUGGAACCAAAUCUGUUCUGGACCUGGCUAGACAAAUGAACAAUUUAAUGUCAAUGGUUCAUGUGUCUACCGCUUACUCACAUUGUCCCAGAUCGGAGAUCGAAGAAAAAAUAUACGACUGUCCAGUGUCUUACGAAUAUGUACAAGCUGUAUUAGAAAAAAUCGGCAAUGACGAAGCACAUUUACUAACACCAAGGAUUAUUGGUGAAUGGCCCAACACGUACACAUUUACAAAAGCCCUAGCCGAAAACAUGGUUAAAGAUCUUGGAACGAACUUACCAUUAGCUAUAUUUAGACCGUCAAUAGUUUUGUCCACAUACAAGGAACCUAUAGAAGGCUGGAUAGAUAAUAUGUAUGGUCCAACUGGAUGCGCUGCAGGAGUUUACACAGGAAUAAUGAGGGUAGCGAUGUGCGUAGAUGAGGGUAUAGCUGACGUCGUGCCUGUAGAUACGUGCGUUGCUGCACUUAUAGCUACUGCUUGGGAAGUUUCAACGAAAAAAUUCGAACCAUCAUCUGAAAUUUCUGUUUACAAUUAUGUAUCACAACCAGAGAAUCCAGUACAUUGGAAAGAACUUAUAGAAAUAAAUCUACUCUACCACCAAAAAAUUCCUGCAAGUAGUUCAUUAUAUGAAGUUUUUAUUUAUGAAACUGCUAACGUGUACUUCUUUUGGUUUCUUACACUUGUUUUACAUGGCAUACCGGGAGUGUUCAUAGACUUUCUUGCCAUAUUAACUGGACAUAAACCAAGGAUGCUUGGAAUAUAUAAGAAGAUUUACAAAUUGAGUGUGAUAUUAUCUUAUUUUUCUACGAGGAGUUGGAGAUUUUCAAACAACAACAUAAGAAAUUUAUGGAAGAAACUCGAUGAAGGAGAUAGAGAGCUGUUUCAGUUUAGCAUGGCAACAGUGCAUUGGUUACAAUUCUUCAGAAUUUAUUUGAAGGGUGUUAGACGGUAUCUUCUACAUGAGUCGGACAAUACUAUUGAAGACGCUAAAAAAAGACAAAGAUGGCUUUUCAUCUUGCACAAUGGACUAAAAGCCAUUCUGAGCUUUUGUGUUUGCAGUACAGCUCUCAGUGUGUGUUCUAAGGUAUUAUCUUUGGUGUAUUAAGAAGCAUGGGACAUUGGUUGAAUGGUUAAGGCAGUAAUAUACCCGUUUAUUUCAUUGUACAUAUAGAACUGUAGAUACGAAUAUUUAUUCUUGUUAAUAUUCUUAAUAAGUUGUAGCAGAUGUAUGUUUUAAUAGGUAAAUGAAUAUUUUUAUAGUUUAAGAUUUAUACCACAAAUAUGUGACAUAAGUUAUAUUAUAUUCAUAUUUACCUUGAUUAUCUUAUUAAAUACUUAAACAAAA